UUUUAUAAAGUGGUUCGGUUCGGAUUUUUUUCCAAAAUGGAUCGGAUUUUUCAAUAUGGAUCGGAUCGGUUAUGAAUCGGUUCGGAUCAAUUUGGAUUUUUUGCACACCCCUACUUAGGAGGUCCAAAUCCGGCUCAUUCACACUGAGCCUAAUCACUGUGUUGAUGCUAUGGGAAUUUAGUUCCUUCGCUCAUUUGAUUUUGCAUCUCUGUAUGUACUUCUUUCUAACGCACAAUUAAGUUAUUCUAUGCACUUCACUGUUUGAAUUAUAGACUUAUAGUUCCACGGCACCCCAAUAACUAUAAUAAAAGUCUAAGCUACGUACCUCAAAAUAAAUCGUAGUAGAUUGUUAUUUUGUUGAACCGAACACAAUUUAAUAAUUUAAAAAAAAAAUAAAAUCUAAUUUAAUUUUAGUAUCACACUCAAAGUGAAAAUUGAUAUAAUUAUGAAGCUUGAUAGUGUGCGUACUUUGUAUUUUUUUAAAUGCUAAAUGUGUGUAUACUAAAAUUUAACUUCGGCAAAGUUAUGCGUGAUUUGUAUAAAUUUAUGGAUUGUAGGACAAAAUUAAACAAUAGGAAAAGAAAAAGCAUAGCGUGUAUGAAGGGCGUGAAAACAAAAUAAAAUAGCCUUUUUCUUAUUUUUUGGAACAAAACAACAUAACUAGAUUUAAUUAAUUUAUUAAAUAUUUAAUUCAUAAUUAUAUUUUGUUAUAUGGAACUUUCCGUGUGGGUCAGUUGCUCUAGACUUUUGGAGCAUUUCCUCCAAAUUUCAUUCGGGUGAUUACCUUGAAAUUUCAUUAAGUCGUUGCUCAUACAAGUGAAAGAGAAAUACUAGUCUGAAAAGAACAGGUCAUCUUAAGCAUAGAAUGGUUGCUCUUUGUAUCUGAUAUUUGCAUCCUUUAUUGCAGCCCUAUUUUCUGCCCCCUCCAUAUCCAAUUUGAUAUAUCUCUCUAUCUGUUUAACCAAUUCCUAUAUCAGCCAAAACAUGAGGCUUUUGCUCAGUCAAAUCACUAGGUGGCUGACGCAGGUAGCUGUAUGGAGAUUUGUGGGUUUUGUUUCAACCUUUGUUGGACUUCUUUGUUAUGCUCUCAGUUCCUCCUUCAACCAUCUAUUCGGAGAGUGGAACAUGUUGAAGAUAUUUCUUUACACUGUUUUUGGUCUCUUCAUCUGCCUUUGGAGUCUGUUUGCAAAGAAGGACAAUUUGAAUCUCAUCAGCAUGCUUUUGGAGCGUACGAAGGAAUACCUUGAAGAUGAAUCUAAAGAUUCUGAACUUACAGGUAUGGACCAUAACUUUGUGAUGGAUGCACUACCAUCAGAAAAAAUCAAGGACCUUGAAGAAACUAUAAUGCUGAUGGUGAGCAAUGGGUUUGAGAAAGAGUGCUGUGACGAGUACUGUAAUUGGCGGAGGGAAAGCUUAGAGGAGUGCUUAACAAGUUUAUUUGGGUUGCAAGAGAUCAACAUUGAACAGGAACAUGAAGGGAAGAAGUUAGAAGAGUUCGUUAUUGGAAGAUGGAUUAAAGUUGUGAAGGUGGCUUUUAGGAUACUAUUUCCCAGUGAGCGACGACUCAGUGAUCGCAUCUUCGUAGGGUUCUCUUCUGUCGCUGAUCUUUGUUUUACUGAGGUUUGUCGAGGAGCCGUGAUUCAGUUGUUGAAUUUGGCUGAUGCGGUUGCGAGUGGGAGCCCUUCAGAGUGGCGUUUGAACAAAAUCACUGACAUGUUUGAGACAUUGUGUGACCUAACUCCCGAGUUACAAUCACUGUUUCCAGAGUCAUUGGUAAAGGAAGUGAUGACAGUCAACGACAAAUUAGGAGAAGCAAGCAGGGAUAUUCUCAUGAAAAUGGAAAAUAAAUUUUUCCGUAACUCAGAGGCAAAGGUAAUUGCUCCUACAGAUGGUUGGGUUUAUCCAUUGACCAUAUAUGUCAUGGACUCAAUCGCUUUUCUACAUCGCAAAAGACAGAUUUUGGAGCAAAUUUUAGUACAAUAUCCUAAGUUGACUACUGGAGCAGGAACAUCUUCAGUUUCUUAUCAAAUUGAUCGAAUAAUGAAGCGGUUCGAGAAAAAACUGGAGGCGAUGUCCCAAAGCUACAAGGACCCUGCUUUACGCUACUUUACCAUGAUGAAUAAUUGGACAUGGAUUGAACUUUAUGCAAAAAAUUCGGGAUUUGAUCUUGAUUGUUUCCGAAAGAGCACAAAAAUAAUUAAAAAAAAUCGUGAACUUUAUCUAAGCUCUUGGGAUAUGGUGCUAGAGUUUUUGAAGCUAGAGAAAAAUGAAAUAGUUGAGCCCAAUGCUAACGUAGAGUCACUGAAAGACAAGCUAAAAUUGUUCAACAAGCACUUUAGUAAUACAUGUGCCACUCAAUCUAAAUGGGUUUCCUUUGAUAAGCAGCUAAGGGAACAAAUAAUAAUAUCAUUGCAAAACAUUUUGUUGCCGCCAUAUGGAAACUUCAUUGGGAGAUUUCAUGAUAUUCUCGGUAACCAUGCUUAUGAGUAUAUUAAAUAUGGAAUGUUUGAUAUUCAAGACCAACUCAAUCAUUUGUUUCGUGGAAGCACGCCAAUGAAACAGUAUUUCGAAGCAAAGCCAAGGGAAAGACUAUUACAGCAUGUAUAAACUAACUUAUAAACUUUUUAUUGUCAUAUAAGUAGUUCAAUAAAUUUAUGGUUUUUAAUAUA